AUGGCAUCAAGUGAUAACAGUGCUUACACCAUAUGCAUCACCCAUGUCAAGAGCAAAAACAGUGGUGAAGCCAGUCAGCUACUCAUCAUCCCCAUAAAGUGCACAACAUUUGUGCUUUCUAGUCAUGGCAAUUAUGAGGAAGAGGAGAUAGCAUUUCAGAUGGGAUGUAUUAAGCAUCAGGGUAGCAAAAAGGGAAAAAAGGAGUCAGAACAGGCUCUGCUGACACCCCCUUGCAAACUCCUUGUACAAGCCCCACUGGCCCUCACUAAAAACCCCACCCGGAAAGUGAAGAAAACAUGGCCCAGGAAGUUGCCUACCCAUGACUCACCUGACAAUCCUUCCCUCAGCAGCACCAAAGUGCUGCACAAGAAGGGCCCAAGUGAAUGGGAUUGUUUGGAUGAUGAGGCAUGUGAACCAGUUCUCCUGGAGAGGCUGACUAUCACAUAUGUAUUUGUUUCACCAGAUGCAGUAGUGGCAUUGAGGCUACCCAUUGAUCAUCCUGACUAUGAACCACUAGAGAGCCUUCCUGUGAACCCUUUCAACACCACCCAGAUCCUGGACAGCAAUCAGACACAAGAGAGGCCCUGUGCCAAGCUCAUGAAGAGCACAAGCUCAGAGUUGGAGCUGACAAAGAGUGUCUCAGCCAAUCAGAAGGGGGAUGAUCCCAUCAGACAGGCCCAUGGCCUGCACUGCAAUGAUUGA